ACUACGUAAAAUGACCAACAAAACAUAAUAUUUUAACGUGUGUUAUGUUUUCUGUCUAACUUUCAGAUGAAAACAUGCGUUAAGAGGAAAAAUACACCAGUAAGUUACCCUUAACACAAACACGAUGCGCCGAACAAGGAAGUUCCUGACAGAAACGAAAGUUGCUGGUGACUCUGGUUUCCGUCGAGCUGCUCUUCUCUCAUAACUUAACUUACACAGGAGGACUGCAGGUGUAACGUUAGUUAGUCCACAGAAAAACACGCAGGGAUUGACACAUUCGGAUUCAAGUGGAAAAUGUGCUGGCAUCUAACACACAAAUGGUCAUAUAGAAAGGAAAUGGAUUUUAUUUGACGCCUCUGUUGUGACGUGAGUGAUUUUUGAGAGGUGUUGUGUUCAGAAACAAACCGAUCCCAUCAUGUCAUCCGCUUGUGUCAGCUCAAUGACAGUAAGUACAGCAAACCACCUUUGGUCGCUGGAUGAUGUUCUUGGUCAAGGGGCCACAGCAAGCGUCUACAAAGCACGAAACAAAAAAACAGGUGAGCUGGUUGCAGUGAAGGUCUUUAACUUGGUGAGCUACAACCGGCCGUAUGAAGUUCAGAUGAGGGAGUUUGAGGUGCUGAAGAAACUCAAUCACGUCAACAUUGUUAAACUCUUUGCUGUGGAGGAGAUGCAUAUGAAUCCGAAGCAGAAGGUUCUGGUGAUGGAGUUCUGUUCAGGUGGCAGCCUGCUGAACCUGCUAGAGGGACCUGAGAAUGCGUUUGGACUUCCAGAGUCAGAGUUCCUCAUCGUAUUACAGUGUGUGGUCCAAGGAAUGAACCACCUGCGAGAGAAUGGGGUGGUGCACAGAGACAUCAAACCUGGCAAUAUCAUGAGGCAAGUGGGUGAAGAUGGACGCUCGGUGUAUAAGCUGACAGACUUCGGUGCUGCUCGUGAGUUGGAGGACGAUGAGAAGUUUGUGUCCAUAUAUGGCACAGAGGAAUAUUUGCAUCCGGACAUGUAUGAGCGUGCAGUGUUGAGGAAGCCCCAACAGAAAGCUUAUGGUGUGUCUGUGGAUCUGUGGAGCAUCGGUGUCACCUUCUACCAUGCUGCCACUGGCAGUCUUCCUUUUAUACCGUAUGGAGGCCCACGCAGAAACAAAAAAAUCAUGUACAAAAUCACAACAGAGAAGCCAGAGGGAGCCAUAGCAGGUGUGCAGAAGGUUGAUGAGGGAAACAUUGAAUGGAGCUACCGACUGCCACACUGCUGCCAGCUUUCAGAGGGUUUAAAGACCCAGCUGGUCCCAGUGUUGGCCAGCAUACUAGAAGCAAAUCAGGAGAAGUGUUGGGGCUUCGUCCAGUUUUUUUCUGCCACCACUGACAUUCUGCACCGCAUCUCGGUCCACAUCUUCUCUCUCCAGCAAGCCACAGCACACACCAUCUACAUCCACUUUCAUAACACGGUCUCAAUCUUGUUUGAGGAUGUUCAGGCCCAAACUGGAAUUGAACCGGCAGCUCAACAGUACUUUUUUCUGGGUCAUCCUCUCAUAUUGGAGCCAAGCAUGAAAAUAGUGAACCUUCCCCCAACCACUCCAGACCGCCCUAUCAUUCUCAUCAGCCGACAUCCAGAGAAACUAAUAGGCCAUCCAUACAAAGAACCUGAGGCUCCAGCGAUGCCCACAAAGUUUGACGUCAUGGCAGAUUACACCUUCUCCAAGACCAUAGUCGGGGUCAUCCAUCAGUACCUUCGGAUAGCCCGCUCACUCCAGAAGUACAGAGAACUGAUUCUGCAGGGGUUCCAUAGCUACAUUGAAAACACCGGUUUUGAAUGCAGUAAUGUGGCACACAGGAUAGGCAUGGUGAACAUGAAGCUGGUUUGUUCUAUCAGCACUGAGGAGCAUCUCCAUCUAUUUGCUCAGAGGGUUGCUCAUGAGUUUCCAGACUUUGUAGACCAUAAGAAAAAGCUCCCACUGAUUGAAGAGGAUUUCCAGCGGAUGUAUAGCAGUGGAAUCAGAGAGUUCCAGAAUCAACUACAGCAUUUGCGUGUGAUGCUGUCUAAACACUCCGAGACACUGGCCCAGGAUAAGAGCAUCCAGAAGAUGGAGGUUUUGUUGGGGAAGAUUGUUGCAGUACAUCAGCAGUAUUGCAAAGACAGAAUGACAGGAAAGCUCAGCUACAAUGACGAACAGAUUCACAAGUUUGAGAAGCUCAACCUGUCUUCAUACAUAAAGAAGGUCAAGAGUUUAUUUAAGGAUGACUGUUUGCAGAAAUACCAGGAUGUUCUGAUGGCUGCUAGCAGCUGGAACAGGGUUCUGUAUGAGAUGCAGGCGAGUCUAGAGCAGUUUGGAGUCGUCCUCCGCCAGAGGAUGGGGGAUCUGCAUCUGUGCGAGGUCCAGCAGAACAAGAUUCUGGACAGAGCUGUGCUUCGAGCUCUCCAUCAGCCUGUAGGAGCUGAGGGGGUGGAUGGACAGAAAAAAGAUGAUGAGCACAUGAUUUUCAAAAUGAACAGAUUAAAGGUUGAGAUGGAGGCUGUGGCACGGGAGCUACAGAAUAACAACAACAUGAUAGAAAGCCUUGCAGUUGUUACCGCUACACUGCCAUUGGAGAAAAAAGUACCUCAAGCCAACAGACCAUGAAGACCUCAAUGAAUGCACAACCAUAUUUAUAUUUACAGAGCCUGAAUCUGUGAGCUAAAGGAAAGCUAAACAAAACAUCUAUAUAUAAAAAAAUUAAGUUCUUGGUUGAACCUCUCAGACAAUAAAGAACAGAUUAAUGGCUGUUACCAGGGCAGGCAACUAAAAUUGCAUGAUGUGUACUGAUGUGCAAAGCACAAAUUGAGUUAUGACUGCUCUCGAUUCCCUGAACUGUACUGUGACAGGUUAAAGGAAAACAGGUGUGUUUAAAACUCUCACAUUAAGUGUUCAUGCAGUUACUGCAUUUUAUCUUCAUGCAAUCUAUUAGUAUUGACUUUAACAGCCAAGAAUGAAAUAGAAAUAUAGAUCUGUUGUAACAACUACAGCAGUUUUCAUGAGACUUUAAUAUUGAUGGCACAGUGUAUUCAGCUGACAACAAUGGUGUAACUAUUGCACAGUCAUGGGAUAAAGAGAGAAGAGUUCAGUCUGCUUUGUAGUUGAUUCAGUUUCUGAGAGAUAACCGUGCAAUAGCACUAAUUGAAUUAGUCCAUUGAUCACAACAGAGUAUCACACAGCAUCAAGCUUUAGAGGAGGCUUUGUUUAUUUGACAAUGUUCACCUGGGCCUUUGAAAAACUGCACAAAUUACUCCAAAUGUUAGCAUCCUGCGAAUACUGACAAGAGUCAAUAGACUCAUACAAUGCUGUAUUACAGAUCAUUUCAAUAUGGAAAGUGAAAGAUCUGUUUGGUGGGUUCUGAUGGCACAUUUCAGAGUGUGAGUUAAGGGGAAUUCCCCACUCUGGGGGAACUAUGAACUUACAGAGACCUUACAAAGCUUGCAUAUGUUUGACUUACAAUGGAAUUUUAUCAACUUUCCUUUUGCCUGUUUGUAAACUUACAUGUAAAAAAAAAAAAAAAAACAUUUAACAUGUUCACUUCUGUAUUAUGAGGAAAGAGGUACCCAUUAAAUGUUUAGUAGUACUUGACAGACUAUAUGGCGCUAAUAAAUAUAUGAACACAA